AUGGCCGUCAAGGAGCCAGCAUGCUUUCCGCAACAGCACAAAGCCCGAUCCGCCGGAUUGGGCGUGCUGCAUGCAACGCCGCCAGACGCAGCACAGGCGCAGCAGCAUCAUGCACGCCGCGCCGCAAUGCAGCGAAUAUUCUCACCAGUUGAACAAGCACUUCUCUGGAGAUGGCACAUCUACAGCACCCCCUGA